UACUCUACUAUUACCAGAUCAUGUUCCCCCGGCCUGCACCACCACCAGCUAAACCGCCAGCAGUGCGUACUUUCAAACCAACACCAUACACACAACACGAACAGACGCGAAUUCAGACCCAGCUCAACAAAGUUCUUGGUCCUGAGUACGUGAGUUUCCGGCCUGGUGGCAAUGGUACUAAAGUUCUGUACAUUGAAGGCUGGAAAGCACUCAACUUAGCUAAUGAGAUCUUUGGCUUUAAUGGCUGGAACUCGGAGUUGAUCCUGACCCAGGUGGAUUACUUCGAUACUCAUGGAAACACGGGUAGAUUCUCCAUGGGGUUGUCUGUAGUGGUACGCGUCACUGUCAAGGAUGGAACGUACCACGAAGAUUUUGGGUAUGGAUAUAUUGAUAAUGCCAAGAGUAAAGCGAUGGCGUUUGAAAAGUGUAAGAAGGAAGCGUUUACUGAUGGGGUUAAACGUUGUUUAAGAUGUUUUGGAAAUGUUUUGGGAAAUUGUUUGUAUGACAAGACAAUUGUUGCCAAAAUGCAAAAAGUUAAAUUACCACCAGCAGAAUUGCAGGAUGAUAAUUUUCAUAGAGAUCCCUUGUUAGUGGAGAGAGAACGCAAGAAGGGGAUUAUUGAAAAGCAACACCAGGAAGAGGCAGUUAACGAGAAUAAACAGCAGCAGCAGCCACCAUCUCAUCAACCGCAACAGCAGCAGCAACAGCAGCAGCAACAACCGCAACAACCGCAAAAUCGUUACCAACCUCCACACCCGCAGUAUAACCAGCAGGUAGUUAAACCGGUAGUUAAACCACUGCCAACUCAGCAACCUGCUCCAAAGUUACCUCCGCCCCAGCCAGUUCCUGGAAAGCAACAACCUCAACAGCCACCACAACAACAAUUUGUUACUCCAAAACUGCCGUCCAAAGUAAUCGACCAUAAUCCUCAACUUGAUGAUUUCGAUGAUUCAUUCCUCUUUAGCGAUGACAUGGAUGAAGAUAGCCCACCUUUAAACUCAACUACUAAUACUACUGCGCCAGACUCGGCAGCUUCAGCAUUAUUUGUUAGUGCGAAAGGUGCAAACUUGCUCCAGCAAUCGCCAAAUCCUACCACUACAAAUCUCCCACACUUUGAUCCAAAAUUUGUAUCACCUAAUAUUCGACGUACGGUAGAUCCAACAAAAUCUGUGCCUGUUAAAAGACUGGACGUAAGUAGUAAUGGUGCUAGUCAGAACCAUUUACGAGGCGGUAGAAGUUUCAGUCCUUUACAUGGUGGAGUUGGUGGUAAAAGAGUGGGGAUGCCCCAGGGUGUAGUUCAAAAUAAGCGAUUACAUUUAGAUGGAACAGAAACUGCAUCGACAACGCCGCCAACAGUACCAGUGGUGCCAGCACCAUCCGCACCACCACCUACAUAGAAAGUAUAUAGCUAAUAAAACCUUGACAUAUCUGUAUG